AUGAAACAGGGGCCCACAGCUUCACAAGUCCUUCAAAGAAACCCGAAGUUCAAAUCACUCUUUGACCAACUUGGCUUCGGGCCUCAAGCAAGAGAAGUAGCUGCUGUAGCUCUGAUGAAUAUCUCUGCAGAGUCUAACUCUCAUUGCUUUACAGCUCAACCACAAGGGUCAUUCUUAGGAAAUGACAAUGCUAUUGUCUUCACGGACGAAGACAUGGAAGUUCCAUACCCGGACCAUAGGAGGCCGCUUUACUUGGAGGGACAAAUCAAUGAUGUUCAUAUGGAGAGCUUUGGUAGACACGGGAUCCUCUGUCAACAUAUACCUCUGUCUGUGCUUACGGCAGCUGGUAUCCCAUUGUCCAAAUUGUCCAAUCACAAACAAACAUCAGUGGUUUCGGGAAUAAGAGUGAGGUCACAGUCGGGCAUCUACAAGCCAUGGCUCAACAAGCAUAAGCUUGUGGUCUCUACCUAUCAUCAAUGCGUAAAAGGAAGGAUUGGGCUGAGGCCGCUACGCAUACCUGGAAACCAAGCACCGUUCAACAAAGAUGAAGCUCACUACUCCGAGGCGGAAUUCUACACUGAAUGCACAGGUGCUGGGAGCAAUCCCAUCCAAGGAUUUCAGGACCUACCUUCCUUUGUGGACUGA